GGAGGACAAGGUCACAAGGGGCAUCUGAGGGGCAGAGGACCCCCACUGGGUGUUUCAGGGUGAAGGGUGCCUGGUGGGUGUUUGGGGGCCGGGGUGAGGAGAUGUUGUGUGGCCCCUGAGAUGGUCACAGCCUGAGCUCCCCUGGUUCCCAGCCCACCCCCCACUGUCCCUAUCUCUCUCUGAGGAGCCCCUGUGCCAGGUCAUUCAGGGUUCAGCUCCUGCCACUUAAGAAGCCAAACAGGGAGAAAAUGUCAAAACAGGCAAAAAUCAAACCUGCCCCAGUGGCUGAUGGGGGAGCCAGCCCAGGGGCAGCCCCGGAGGGGGAAGCUGGGCCGGAGGCUCCCAAGAAAGGGGAGGCCAGCCAAGAACCCUCAAAGAGUGGAGAACCCAGGCAGGAGGCCCCCAAGAAGGAAGAAGCCAGGGAGGAGGCCCCCAAGAAGGUAGAGGUCAGCCCAGAGUCCCCCAAGAAGGGAGAAGGCAGGCAGGAGAUGCCCCAGGAGGGAGGGGCCAGCCAAGAGGCCCCCAAGAAGCCAGUCUUCCCCUUUGGCAAAGUUCCUUUUGGGCCUCAGCACUGGCGGCUGGUGACGUUGAUUCUGGGGGUCUGUAGCGUGGUCUUGCUCAUCGUACUGCUGGGCUUGAUUGGCAAGUAUUUGCAUGUUUCGGAAACAACAAGGAGAAAGAUGGCGACGCUCCACAGACAGACCCAGAAGCUUAAGGAUUCAGUGAAGAAACAGGCAGGAGGCAAAGGCAGCAGAUGCGACUCGUGUCUGGACACCUGGGUGCAGCGUGGUGACGCCUGCUACCUUUUCUCCAAUAUGAGUGCAAAGUGGCCAGAGUGUGUAGAACAUUGUAAGAAGCAGGGCUCCAAACUCGUUAAGAUGGACUCUCAAGGAGAACUGGCGUUCCUCAAACGGGAGACGCGUAAAUUGUAUCGUGUCGAGUUCAGGUACCGCCGGCACUACAGUUACUGGAUUGGCCUGACCUACAAAGCCAGCCUCAAGAAGUGGGUCUGGCUGGAUGGGUCACCAUUCACGUUGGAUCUGUCUUCUGUGGGAGCCCAAGCUGCUUACGAUGCAAAUGACGCUUGUGUGUUUUUUAUACAAGGAAUGUCCCAUGCUAAGGGUUGUGCCACAAAACACUAUUGUCUCUGCAAGAAGACCAAGUGAGCAAGGUCGCUUCUGAUGAAAUUGGUAAUGAUUUCUCAUGUCCUGGAGAACUAAACUGGAUUCUCCGCUCUGAUGGCCCUUUUA